AUGACGGAUCCGUUAGAACAGAGGUACGCAGUGAAAUUUUGUGUUCUACUCGGCAAAAAUACUGUGGAAACCAACGAGAUGAUUAAACAGGCCUUCAAGGACAAAGCCUUGUCCGAAUCCUCGGUCAGGAAGUGGCACAAGAUGUUCCGUGACGGAAGGGAAGAGGUGACCGACGAAGCCCGCUCUGGUCGUCCUUCAACAUCGCGGACCGACGAGAACGUUGACCGUGUGCGUCAGCUUCUCAACGAGGAUCGUCGUCAAGGAGUGCGGUUGAUAGCACAGACCCUCAACAUCGCCAAGUCGACCGUGCAUCGCAUCGUGACCGAGGAGUUGCACAUGCGCAAGCUACGACGAGGGCGCUGA